AUGGACACAUGCGCCUGCGCUUUGGAGUUGCUGGGGAUGCUGGUCUAUGUCGGAGCAUGGCUGUGCGCUUUAACCACCACUCUCUUACCACAGUGGCUGACCAUGUCCACUGCUCUACUGCCAGUGGAGAGCUACGAGUUGGGCCUGUGGGAGACAUGCGUGGUCCAGGAUGUCGGGGGUAUGGAGUGCAGAGCAUAUGACAGCCUGCUGGGCCUUUCCAGUGACCUCAAGCUGGCCCGUAUCCUCAUGUGUGCUUCCCUUGCUGUGGGCAUGCUGGGAAUGCUAGUGGCUAUACCUGGACUUUACCUGAUCAACAGCUGUAAAGAACGUGGAAGCUUCAGAACCAAGAGGACUUUAAUCAUCAUGGGAGGGGUGCUGGGGAUGAUCUCCGGAGUGCUGUGUCUGAUCCCCGUGUCCUACAUGGCCCAUUUAGCUGUGAUACGUUUCUUUGAUGAUAAAAUACCUGAUGUGGUGCCCCGGUGGGAGUUUGGUGAUGCCCUGUUCUGCGGCUGGGUCGGAGGAUUUCUUCUCAUAGUGGCCGGGCUCCUUCUGGUCACCUCUUGCUUAUGUUCACAGGCGGAGCCUCAGCCUGUGCUGCAGCGCAGAUACCAUGUCAUGAGUACAGAUGUUUCCUUCAGGAAGCGCUCGGAGUACGUUUAAGGGACGAAUCGUUAAAUAAUUACCUGCAUAGA